UGGUUUGGCGCUGCGUCUGGACCGACCUGGAGCGCAGAGGCGGGGCUUUGCAGACGGUCUGCGGCUGACACAGGCUCCCGGGCCGCCGGAGCGCUCACUGCACUCCGGGCGCGCUCUCUGUUCUUCCGCAGCCCGGAGGCUUCCCACUGCAGCCGGCGCCCUAAGGUCAGUGCCCAGGAAGCCAUGGCGAAGUCCAGGGGCCGCCUCUACCUUUGGAUGUGCUUGGCUGCAGCGCUGGCAUCUUUCCUGGCGGGAUUCAUGGUGGGCUGGUUCAUUAAACCAAUCAAAGAAACAGCCACUUCACUGCGCUAUCAUCAGAGUAUACGGUGGAAACUGGUAUCCGAGAUGAAAGCUGAAAAUAUUAAAUCAUUUCUUCGUUCUUUUACAAAGCUUCCUCAUCUGGCAGGAACAGAACAAAAUUUACUGCUUGCCAAGAAAAUCCAAACCCAGUGGAAGAAAUUUGGACUGGAUUCAGCCAAGUUGGUUCAUUAUGAUGUUCUCCUAUCUUACCCUAAUGAGACAAAUGCCAACUAUAUAUCAGUCAUGGAUGAACAUGGAGUUGAGAUUUUCAAAACAUCAUACCUUGAACCGCCACCAGAUGGAUAUGAGAAUGUUACAAAUAUUGUACCGCCAUAUAACGCUUUCUCAGCCCAAGGCACACCAGAGGGAGAUCUUAUAUAUGUGAACUAUGCUCGAACUGAAGAUUUUUUCAAACUGGAAAGAGAGAUGAGCAUUAACUGCACUGGAAAGAUUGUUAUUGCAAGAUACGGGAAAAUCUUCAGAGGAAAUAAAGUUAAAAAUGCCAUGUUAGCAGGGGCCAUAGGAAUCAUCUUGUACUCAGAUCCAGCUGACUACUUUGCCCUGGGUACAGCGUAUCCUAAAGGAUGGAAUCUUCCUGGCACUGCAGCCCAGAGAGGGAAUGUGUUAAAUUUGAAUGGUGCUGGUGAUCCCCUCACUCCAGGCUAUCCAGCUAAAGAGUACACCUUUAGACUUGAUGUUGAAGAAGGAGUGGGAAUCCCCAAAAUCCCUGUGCAUCCCAUUGGAUAUAAUGAUGCCGAAAUAUUAUUACGCCAUAUAGGAGGAAGCGCUCCACCAGAUGAGAGCUGGAAGGGGAGUCUUAAUGUGGAUUACAAUAUCGGGCCUGGCUUCACAGGGCAUGAUUCUUUCCGGAAGGUUAGAAUGCAUGUUCAUAACACCAAUAAAAUUACGAGAAUUUACAAUGUAAUUGGAACCAUCAGAGGAUCUGUGGAACCUGACAGGUAUGUUAUUCUGGGAGGUCAUCGGGACUCCUGGGUGUUUGGAGCUAUUGACCCAACCAGUGGGACUGCUGUUUUGCAAGAAAUUGUCCAGAGUUUUGGAAAACUGAUGAGUAAAGGCUGGAAACCUAGAAGGACUAUUAUUUUUGCCAGCUGGGAUGCAGAAGAAUUUGGACUGCUGGGUUCCACAGAAUGGGCUGAGGAGAAUGCGAAAACACUCCAGGAGAGAAGCAUUGCUUAUAUCAACUCAGAUUCAUCUAUAGAAGGCAAUUAUACUCUGAGAGUUGACUGUACGCCCCUUCUUUACCAAUUAGUAUAUCAACUGACAAAAGAGAUCUCCAGCCCCGAUGAUGGUUUUGAGAAUAAAUCUCUUUAUGAAAGCUGGUUGGAAAAGGACCCUUCGUCUGAAAAUAAAAAUUUUCCUAGAAUCAAUAAGCUGGGAUCUGGAAGUGAUUUUGAAGCUUAUUUUCAGAGACUUGGAAUUGCUUCGGGCAGAGCCCGUUACACUAAGAAUAGGAAAACAGAUAAGUACAGCAGCUACCCAGUAUACCAUACAAUUUACGAGACGUUUGAAUUGGUAGAGAAUUUCUAUGACCCAACAUUUAAAAAACAGCUUUCUGUGGCUCAGUUACGAGGAGCCCUGGUUUAUGAGCUUGCAGACUCUAAAAUCAUUCCUUUCAAUAUUCAAGACUAUGCAAAAGCUUUAAAAAACUAUGCAACAAGUAUCUACAAUUUAUCCAAGAAACAUGACCAACAGCUGAGAGACCAUGGAGUAUCAUUUGAUUCCCUGUUUUCUGCUGUGAAAAACUUCUCAGAGGCUGCUUCAGAUUUUCACAGAAGACUUACCCAAGUUGAUCUUAACGAUCCCAUUGCAGUGAGAAUCAUGAAUGACCAGUUGAUGCUCCUGGAAAGAGCAUUCAUCGACCCCCUUGGUUUGCCAGGGAGGCAGUUCUAUAGGUAAGGAAGCAACAGGUGUCUCACUAAAGGACACCAAAUACCUCACUGACCCAAACCAGCCUCCCUAAGGUCAGCUUUAAACUACUGCCAUCAGGUGAAUGGAAGGUGAAUAUGUAUACUGAGAGGAACGUGGGUAAGAUUAUACAUAACA